GUGCUGAGACGUAACUAGGAGUCUCCUCUCUCGCUGGCUUCCGGGUGAGGAAGAGUCGGUGCAGAAUGAAAAUAACAGCGGCAUUUUGACAAACAACAGUCCUCGAUUUUCGGAUUAAGACUAUUUUAAAGCUAAAUAAACGUUAAAAUGGCGGACACCGGAAACAGGCUCCGUAAACAGUUAGAAUCGGCUAAUUUCGAGCCGCAGAAUUACGUGAAGCAGCUCUCGCAGCAGUCUGAUGGAGACAGGGAUUUGCAGGAACACCGUCAGAAGAUCCAGACUCUGGCUGAUGAGACCGCGCAGAACCUGAAGAAGAACGUCUACAAGAAUUACAGGCAGUUCAUUGAGACGGCGAAGGAGAUCUCGUAUCUGGAGAGCGAGAUGUAUCAGCUGAGUCACAUCCUGACCGAGCAGAAGAGCAUCAUGGAGAGCAUCACCCAGGCCCUGCUGUCCACAGACAAGGACGAAGCUGCCAAAGAAAUGCUCACGGCGUUCCCUAAAGAGACCGAGGAAGUCAAGCAGAGAACCCUGACCACGCUGCUGGAGAAGGUGGAAGGCUGUAAGAACAUCCUGGAGAUGCCGGGCCGGUAUCUGGUGUACAACGGCGAUCUGUUCGAGUACGACGCCGACAACAUGUCUCAGAUACAGAAGGUGCACGCCUUCCUGAUGAACGACUGCCUCCUGAUCGCGACCUGGCUCGCUAACAGACGCGGGACGAUCAAGUACAAAUACAACGCCCUGUACGAACUGGAGAGCUUCGCCGUCGUCAACGUGAAGGAUAACCCUCCCAUGAAGGACAUGUUUAAGAUCCUGAUGUUCCCAGACAGUCGCAUAUUCCAAGCAGAAAACAGCAAGAUCAAGAAGGAGUGGUUGGAGAUCCUGGACGAGACUAAGAAAACCAAAGUCAAAGACCGGAACAAGAAAGAAGAGGAGGUUCCCAAGUCGCCGGUCAGACCCGAGGUUUCCACCAAUCCGUUUGACGAAGAGGAACCUUCGGAAACUGAGGAGAUGGUGGAUUUGAGUCCGGAGUGGAUCCAGGAGCUGCCGGAGGACCUGGAUGUUUGCAUCGCACAGAGGGAUUUCGAGGGCGCUGUGGAUCUUUUGCAGAAGCUGAACGAGUAUCUGAAGGAUCAGCCGGUGACCCCGAAGGUGAAAGAUCUCAGGGGGAAAGUGGAGGAGCGUGUGCGGCAGCUGACGGAGGUCUUGGUGUUCGAGUUGUCGCCCGAUCGGUCAUUGCGCGGCGGACCUAAAGCGACCCGGCGUGCCGUCUCGCAGCUCAUCCGUCUGGGCCAGUCCACCAAAGCCUGCGACCUGUUCCUGAAGAACCGCGCUGCUGCGGUACACACGGCUAUCCGUCAGCUGCGCAUCGAAGGCGCGACCCUGCUGUACAUCCAGAAGCUUUGCAACGUCUUCUUCACCGGUCUGCUCGAAACGGCUCGAGAGUUCGAGACCGACUUCGCGGGCGACACAGGUUGCUACUCCGCCUUCGUAGUUUGGUCUCGCUCUGCAAUGCGAAUGUUUGCUGACACCUUCAGCAAGCAGGUGUUCGACAGCAAAGAGAGCUUGUCUACGGCCGCCGAGUGCGUCAAGCUGGCCGGAGAGCACUGCAGGCAGCUGAGCGACAUCGGCCUGGACCUGACCUUCAUCCUGCAUUCGCUUCUGGUCAAGGACAUCAAGGCGGCCUUACAGAGCCAGAAAGACGUCAUCAUCGAGGCCACCAAGCACCGCAACUCAGAGGAGAUGUGGAGGAGGAUGAACCUGAUGACCCCCGAAGCCCUGACCAAGCUCAAGGACGAGAUGCGGAGCUGUGGCAUUGCCACCUUCAACCAGUACACAGGCGAUGACUGCUGGGUGAACCUCAGCUACACCGUAGUGGCCUUCACCAAGCAGAUGAUGGCGUUCCUGGAGGAAGGGCUGAAACUCUACUUCCCCGAGCUGCACAUGGUGUUCCUCGAGAGCCUCACCGAGAUCAUCCUGGUGGCUGUUCAGCACGUGGACUACAGCCUGCGCUGCGAGCAGGACUCGGAGAAGAAAUCCUUCAUCCUGCAGAACGUCUCCUUCCUACAUGAGACUGUGCUUCCCGUGGUGGAGCGCAGGUUCGAGGAAGGAGUGGGCAAGCCAGCCAAGCAGCUGCAGGACCUGAGGAAGAGCUCGCGCUCCGUCAGGGUCAAUCCGGAGAGCACCACAUCUUUGGUGUGACCUGCUCAGGACUACUAAAGCAUUCACAAACACUUUACAACGCAUUUCAUUUGCUCAGAUUCACUCAGAUUCUAAGACUCAACACCCACUUUUUAUGAUCUCAUUGCACUCCUGACCUGGAGAUUUUAUUACUUACAACAUGAAAUGCAUUUCCUCUGCUUUUUUGGUUUGUUUAUUUUACCUAUGACUGUAUAUCAAUUAUGUGUAACACACAUUAAAGUCACUAAAGAAAUCCA